AUGACUGGGUGGCGCUGCCUAGUGACUGGAACAGGAGGGUUUCUGGGCCAGAGGAUCAUUCACUUGUUGGUGGAGGAGAAGGAACUCCAGGAGGUCAGGGCCUUGUACAGAGUCUUCAAACGAAAAAACAAAGAGGAAGUAUCUCAGCUGCAGACAAACUCCAAGGUGACAGCUCUGGAAGGAGACAUUCUGGAUGCUCAGUUCCUGAAGAGAGUCUGCCAGGGCAUCUCACUUGUCAUCCACACUGCCUCUGUCAUUGACAUCUUGGGUACCAUUCCCAGACAGACCAUCAUGGAUGUUAACUUGAAAGGUACCCAGCUCUUGUUGGAAGCCUGUGUCCAAGCUAGUGUGCCCACCCUCAUCUACAUCAGCACAACCGACGUAGCAGGACCCAACUCCUACAAGGAGGUCAUCCAGGAUGGCUACGAGGAAGAGCAUCGUGAAAGUACAUGGUCUGAUCCAUACCCAUACAGCAAAAAGCUGGCUGAGAAGGCAGUGCUGGCAGCCAAUGGGUGCACUCUUGAAAAUGGUGGCACUUUAUACACAUGUGCAUUAAGGCCCCCGUAUAUCUAUGGGGAAGGAAGCCAGUUCCUUACUGCCACUGUGAACUUGGCCCUCAACAACAAUGGCAUCCCUCAGGGAUCAGGCACAUCCUCUGUGGUCAACCCGGGCUAUGUGGGCAACAUGGGCUGGGCUCACAUUCUGGCCUCCAGGAGCCUGCGGGACCCCAAAAAGGCACCAAGCAUCUGAGGACAGUUCUACUACAUCUCAGAUGAUACGGCUCACCAAAGCUAUACUAACUUACAUUACACCCUGUGCAAAGAUUGGGGCUUCUGCCUUGAUUCCGACCAACACCCUGCUCUGUUUCUGAUGUACUGGCUGGCCUUCCUGCUGGAGACAGUGAGCUUCCUGCUGAGCCCAAUUUACAAAUAUCAACCCCCCUUUACCCACCACUUACUGACAUUGACAAAUAGUGUGCACACCUUCUCCUACAAGAAAGCUCAGCAAGACCUAGGGUAUGAGCUGCGCUUUAGCUGGGAGGAAGCCAAGAAGACAACUAUGGAGUGGGUCAGUACACUAGUGAAGCAGCACAAGGGAGCCCUGAAGACAAAGACUCAGUGA